CGAAGAGGUACCGACUGACAGCUCCGUGUUCGAUUUUUGGUCGUUUUUUUUCUCUCCGUUUGGGUGAUUUUUUGGUUAAGUCGGUGUUUGGCGGUACUGUUUGGUGAUUUUCGCGUAAACGAACUGAGAUUAGAGGACUUUGGUUUGUGUGGAGUGUAGAUGGCAGUUUCGACGCUGAACAUGUCUCCGUAUUUCACUGGAUAUCCUUUUCAAGGCCAAGGACGAGUAAACCAACUGGGUGGUGUCUUCAUCAACGGACGUCCUUUACCCAACCACAUCAGAUUGAAAAUCGUGGAAAUGGCCGCAGCAGGCAUCAGACCUUGCGUCAUUUCCCGGCAACUCCGAGUUUCCCACGGAUGCGUUUCAAAAAUUCUGAACCGGUACCAAGAAACAGGCAGCAUCAGGCCCGGAGUGAUCGGAGGCUCCAAGCCCAGAGUAGCUACUGCAGAGGUAGAGUCUAGAAUUGAGCAGUUAAAGAAGGAACAGCCGGGGAUUUUCUCGUGGGAAAUUAGGGACAGAUUGAUCAAAGAGGGCAUCUGUGAUAAAAAUUCAGCUCCAUCAGUCAGUUCCAUCAGCAGGCUUCUAAGAGGAACGAGGAAAGAUGACCCAGAACGAAAAAAUCAUUCAAUCGACGGCAUUUUGGGACCCACAUCGUCCUGCGAGGAAUCGGACACCGAAUCCGAGCCUGGCAUACCGCUUAAGCGCAAACAAAGACGUUCGCGGACGACCUUCACUGGAGAACAGCUGGAGGCUUUGGAGAGGGCCUUCGGACGCACGCAGUAUCCCGACGUCUACACCAGGGAGGAACUGGCUCAAAAGACCAAACUUACCGAAGCGAGAGUGCAAGUGUGGUUCUCCAACCGACGGGCCCGAUUGAGAAAGCAGCUCAACUCUCAACAACUAAACGCUUUCAACACGAUGUCCCUACAAAGUGCCUUUCCCGCAGUCCAACAUCAGUACGACCCGGCAGCGUUCAACCAAUCGGCUUGGACCGCUCAACAGACCUAUAGCGCUGCCUUAAGCUCACCUCUAUCAACCGCGGGAGGUUCGCUCCCUCACACCCUCGUAGCCACGAGCAUAGCCAGCAAUACUGCCUCACCAGGAACCUCUACUACACCUCCCUCCACUCAAAAUCCCGGACUCUACGAAAAGAACUCUGCGGCAGCAGGGCUCUAUGGUUCGUACAAUUCCGGUUCCGGACCGCUCGACAGCAACGUCAACCACUUCGGAGCCUACAACAUGACGUCACAAGUGUCGCCCAAUCAGCACUCUGUUUCGCCGGCGCAGCAGACAGCCGCGUGGAUGCGCCACGCGGCGUCCGCUGCGCAGAACAACAAGGUGGCGGAGAAUCUGAGCAGUUGGCACGAAAAUUAUAGUUUGUUCACCGGCGGUACACAUUAUGGGGCCCACUCUCCCAGCGAAGCCAAAUCUGGAUACCCAUACUUCGGAGCUAUGGAAAUGUGCUCCAGUCGAGUACACUAAAAUUAUUUCUUUACUUUGAUUGUUCUGAGAUAUAAGUAUGUUAGUGUUUCUAAAAAUUAACUCACAAUUCAUCGAGCAAAAAAAUGUAUUUAUAGAGAGAAAAAAUGAAAUUAAUGAAAGAUAUACUCGUAGUAUGUACAAAUUCUAAGAAUAAUAGUACUUUGAUUGUUAUUAAUUUUAAUUCAUAUUUCUUCAUUAUAUGUAUAGUUCCUAACCCUAUAACGAUUUUAUCUCCAAUAGUUAAAACAUUAACAAAAAAAAUAUUAGUAAAAUGCAAAUAGUAAAUCAUUUUUUUAGAUACUAUAGUACUUUACUGUAUAACAUACUUAUAUCUUUAAUCAUGUUACUGAUGUCCACCUUAUCAUAUCGAGAAAGUGCCUACACUAAUUUACGCAAGAAAUUUUGUGAUUUAAAUAUUGCCUUCAUCUUGGAACCGAUUGCCUUGAUCUUAAUAAAAAAAUCUAUUUUAUCGAAAAGUUCUUAUAUAUGUAUUUAAGUCUGAAAAAAUAAG